UCUCGCAGAUUUUUUUUAAGCCAGGCAGAAGGAAUAGUGUCAGUGCCACCCCCUCUCCAAGAUAAUGUUCUGUCCCACCUCCUGGGUCUCUCUGGAAUUUAGAGUGAGGGGGACUUGUUCAGUAUCGGUUACAGCAGGAGGACGAGGACAGAGUGAGGUCUGAGAUGGAGAGGAAUGUGGAGUUUGUGCUUGCGCUCCUGCUCUUCUGCUCCCCGUCUGGAGGUGAUGGUUCCUGCUUGGAGCCGGCCUCGGCCUACAGGAUGACCGCAGCUGUGUGCAGGCUCGCCUAUCCCGCCGCUGUAGUCUUAAAUGAGAAGACCACAGAAGUAAUCCAGGCUGCUUUCCAACAUGCUAAAUAUCCCACCAUUAAGGGAGAGAAGCCCAUUUUGUUCACGAGCAUGGUGAAGUAUGCGCUACAUGAUUUGGAGAUCUACAACCUGACAAUCGGGAAGAGUGAGUUUGAAUUUCGCGAGAGUGAAGGCGUUCAAAUCACCAUCUCCAACGUGUCCGCCUUCUUCAAGGGAAACAUCCAAUACACUUACCUUGGUUAUCGCUUAUCAAUGAACCAGUCGAUUGACUUUGAAGUUGAAUCCAAAAUUGAUCUGCUCAUCAAUUCCAAGCUAUACUGUGGAAAUGGCAGGGUGGCUGUAGAUACGUCAGACUGUUACCUCACCUUCCAUAAGUUACGGCUACUACUGCAGGGUGACCAAGAAUCCGGUUGGCUGAAGAGACUCUUCACGAACUUCCUCACUUUCACCCUGAAACUGGUGGUCAAGAGUCAAAUCUGUAAGGAAAUUAACAAGGUGGCAGACAUCCUGGCAGACUUCAUACAGGACACGGCAGAGCAGUUUCUGAGUGAUGGAGAUAUCUUUGUGAACAUCAAUGCGACCACUUCCCCUGUCAUUACCUCCAGUUACAUAGAGUCGUACCACAAGGGUGUAGUGACCUAUAAUAACUCCACCUCUGUGAUCAAUGCCUCUGUGUUUAGCCCGGAUCAGAUGAAGGAGGGCCGGAGUCUGUACUUUUGGCUCUCUGAUGACCUUAUGAAGUCCCUUAUUACGGCGGCCUACCACGACGGACGAUUUAUCUGCAACAUCUCUGGAACAGAGCUCACUAGUUUGUUCCAGACAGAGAUAUUCACACCCAUGCCUGAGUUACUGAGCAAGUUGCUCUCCUCUGCGGAGCCGUUCUUGAGAGUGUGGAGUGUAUCACAGCCUCUUCUCUGGACAACGAUGCAGGGAACGUCAGUCAGGGUCCUGGCUGCGGUGGAGCUGUCAUCCAGCGAGCUGGACGUUUCUGCGCUUGGCUUUGAGAUGGAAGUCGAGGUCCUUGUGAGAGCCUCCUAUGGUGAGAAGAAGCUGAGUCUGACGAGCGCCCCAAUACAUAUAUCCAUAUCAAAAGUUUCCAGCUCAGCAGGAAUCUCUGAGAUGGAAGAGACCUUGCAUGCUUAUCUUCAGGAAGCUGCUGAAAAGAUUGGAAUCCCCAAGGUUAUAUCUAACUUGGAGCCGGAAUUAACUGCCUUGAUGGACCAACAUGGACUCAACCGCUUUGACCUUAUUAACCCAGAAGUGGUACCCCAAAAUGGUUACAUCCUUGUGCAACUGGACUUUGGCUUUCCUCACCAUCUACUAGUGGACUUCCUCAGGAAGAGUGUGGAGUGACUGGUGUCUACACAACCAUGGAAUCCGUCCCAGGAGAUUCCCAUGAGAAAAACAGAUUCCAUGGAGAAAAACACAUCACCUCCCAUCAAAAGAGAGAGAAAAUAUAUAUAUUGUGUGUGUGUGUGUGU